CAGCGUUGCACUUGUUGCAUUAGAUUGCGAUACUAAUUUCAUUUGAAAUUCAUUCAAGUUGAAUAAAUUUUGUUCUAAUCAAUAUGUUCGAAGCACGUUUAGUACAAAGUGCGAUCCUGAAGAAGGUGUUGGACGCUGUAAAGGAUCUUCUAUCUGAAGCAACAUUUGAAUGUUCUGACUCUGGAAUUCAAGUACAAGCUAUGGACAACGCUCACGUCUCUUUGGUUUCACUUAAUUUAAGAAGUGACGGUUUUGAUAAAUACAGAUGCGACAGAAAUUUGUCCAUGGGGAUGAGCAUCGCAACAAUGUCCAAGAUAUUACGAUGCGCCGGUACAGAAGAUACAGUAACAUUGAGAGCAUGGGACAACCCAGAAGUAAUUGCUUUUGUAUUUGAAUCACCAAGCAAAGAAAAACUUGCCGAAUAUGAAAUGAAACUUAUUAAUAUGGACCAAGAACAUCUUGGUAUUCCUGAAACUAAUUACUCUUGCGUAGUCAAGAUGCCUUCCCAGGAAUUUGCUCGUAUCUGUAGAGAUUUGAGUCAAUUUGGGGAAUCAAUAACAUUUGCCUGCUCUAAAGAAGGUAUUAAGUUUACAGCGUCUGGGGAUCAUGGAACAGCUAAUGUUAAACUCGCACAAACUGCAGAGGCAGAUAAAGAAGAAGAUGCGGUAAUAGUUAACAUGCAAGAGCCGGUUAAGUUAACAUUUGCUUGUCGUUAUUUAAAUUGCUUCAUAAAGGCGAGUCCUUUAUGUGCACAAGUACAACUUUCGAUGUCUAGUGACGUUCCGUUAGUAUGCGAGUAUAAGAUUGGAGAUAUUGGUCACAUUAGGUAUUACCUGGCACCCAAGAUCGACGAAGAUGAUAAUUAGGAAAAACUGUCAUAUUGAAAAUUUGUCCUGUCGUAUUAUUCAAUUUUGUACAUGCCUGUAAUUAUCACAAUGAUAAUGGUUGUUCCUUGUUUACAUAG